GGUCGCGGCAGCACCAUGGCGGUGCGACAGGCGCUGGGCCGGGGCCUGCAGCUGGGCCGUACGGUGCUACUGCGCUUCGCGGCCAAGUCCUGGAGGCGCGCCGAGCGGCCGUUCCCGGGGGCGGUGCGGGGCCGCUGGGAGCGUCCGGGCCGGCCGGCGGGGCGCCCCGCGGAGGCGCCCGGGCUCGGGCUCGGCUUCGGGCUCGGCCUCCCCGAUCGCUACCGGUUCUUCCGCCAGUCGGUGGCCGGGCUGGCGGCGCGGCUGCAGCGGCAGUUCCUGGUGCGGGCCCGGGGCGGCGCGGGCCCUCGCGGCCGGGCCGUCUUCCUGGCCUUCGGGCUGGGGCUCGGCCUCAUCGAGGAGCGGCAGGCGGAGGGCCGCAGGGCCGCCGCGGCCUGUCGCGACAUCCAGGAAAUUUUCACCCGGAAAAGCAAACUGUUGCCUGACCCGCUGGACACUUGCCGCUGGCAGGGCUUCCGGCUGGAAGAGUAUCUGAUUGGACAGUCCAUUGGCAAGGGCUGCAGUGCUGCUGUGUAUGAAGCUACCGUGCCUGUAUUGCCCCAGAAUCUGGUAGUAGCAAAGGGCACAAAGCUUCUUCCAGCAAAAAGCCCAGAUGUCCUUCCACAAAAAGAGGAGGUGCAAGCUCGACGAGCCCCCGCCUUUCCCUUGGCCAUCAAGAUGAUGUGGAAUCUCUCGGCGGGCUCUUCCAGCGAGGCCAUUUUCAGCACCAUGAGCCAGGAACUGGUCCCAGCUAGUCAAGUGGCCUUGGCCGGGGAAUAUGGAACAGUCACGUUCAGGAGAAAAUCAAAGGGAGGCCGAAAACAACUGACCCCUCACCCUAACGUCAUCCGUGUCUUUCGCGCCUUCACUUCCUCGGUCCCACUGCUGCCAGGUGCCCUGGUCGACUACCCUGAUGUGCUGCCCCCACAUCUUCACCCCGAAGGUCUGGGCCAUGGGCGAACCCUCUUCCUUGUUAUGAAGAACUACCCCUGUACUCUACGCCAGUACCUCCACGAGAACACCCCAAGCCCACGCCUCGCAACUCUGAUGACUUUGCAGCUCUUGGAAGGGGUUGACCACCUUGUUCAGCAGGGUAUCGCACACAGAGACUUAAAAUCGGACAAUAUCCUCGUGGAACUGGAUGCAGAUGGCUGCCCUUGGUUGGUGAUCACAGACUUUGGUUGCUGCCUGGCUGAUGAGCGUGUCGGCCUGCAGUUGCCCUUCACCAGCUGGUAUGUGGAUCGAGGUGGAAACGGCAGCCUGAUGGCUCCUGAGGUGUCCACAGCCUGCCCUGGCCCCAGGGUAGUGAUUGACUACAGUAAGGCUGAUGUUUGGGCAGUGGGAGCACUCGCCUAUGAAAUCUUCGGACUCUCUAAUCCCUUUUACGGCCAGGGCAAAGCCCACCUUGAAAGUCGCAACUAUCAAGUAGCUCAGCUACCUUCACUGCCCGAGUCAGUGCCUGUAGAUGUGAGACAUUUGGUGGUGUCACUGCUCCAGCGAGAAGUCAGCAAGAGACCAUCUGCCCGAGUUGCUGCCAAUGUGCUUCACUUAAGUCUCUGGGGUGAACAUAUUCUAGCCCUGAAGAAUUUAAAACUAGACAAGAUGAUUGGCUGGCUCCUUCAGCAGUCAGCUGCCACUCUGUUGGCCGACAGACUUACAGAGAAGAGCUGUGUGGAAACAAAGAUGAAGAUGCUGUUUCUAGCCAACCUGGAGUGUGAAACGCUCUGCCAGGCUGCCCUCCUCCUCUAUUUCUGGAGGGCAGCCCUGUGAUCCUUGGCUCUCACAGAAUUACUAAAGAACUUGGAAGCAUUUGGGUAGUGAUGGUGUGUGAAUGCUGAGGGAAAGGCUACGAGUUGUUAGGGCGGGAGGCAGCAGAAAAGAUAAGGUGGAGAGGCUGAUAAGCCUCAAAGGAGGCCUCAGGUUUGGCAAAUGGA